GUGUUGAGUCGCAUCCUGUCAGCUGUGGUGGAUGUGUGGACGUGUGGGUGUUGCCUUGGAAUGCUCCUGUUUGGAUUAUUUUAGCGAGCUGCCUCCCUUACCAUUAUCCAAAUCCGCCCUCAAAGUCUCCAGGAAGUUGAACCAGACUCCCCCAGUCAUACCAGAGCCUGAGGAACAAUACUUGUCAUGGUGGCUGUCUCUGAAAAUCUAAUGAGCAAGUGGUGCACAGCAGUAAAUAUGCCACUCUGAAAAAUGAUAGAGGAACCUGCAGUUGACACUUGAUUGGUGAACUGCAACUGUUAUAAUGUACUUUCUUGGGUCACAAGUCCCUAGCACCAACAUGAGUGUCGUGACAGCUUUUGAAUGGUGCAGAGUGUGAUGCCAAGUAUUACGGGGCCGUUUGUGCUGGGCGGAGGCAGCAGCAGCACGGGCGACCGGGAUGGGGUGGAUGGUGGGGGCACACGGGGUGGUGGCCGGAGCAGUGGGGGACACCGGCCUAUGUCCAAUGAGGAGUGUGGUAUCCGAGAAGUCUGGGCACACAACAUGGAGGAGGAAUUUCACCACAUCCGUCGCAUUGUUCACCAGUAUCCCUAUGUGGCUAUGGAUACAGAGUUCCCUGGAGUGGUUGCGAGGCCAAUAGGUGAGUUCCGAAGCAAUGCAGACUACCAGUACCAGCUGCUGCGUUGUAAUGUUGACCUCCUGAAGAUCAUCCAGCUGGGAUUCACCUUUCUCGAUGAGCAGGGCAAGACGCCACCAGGCUUCAGCACCUGGCAGUUCAAUUUCAAGUUUAAUCUCACGGAGGACAUGUACGCCCAGGACAGCAUAGACCUCCUACAAAACUCCGGCCUUCAAUUUAAAAAGCAUGAAGAGGACGGCAUUGAACCUGUCAAAUUUGCUGAGCUCCUCAUGACUUCUGGGAUUGUGCUCUUUGACAACAUAAAGAUGCUCUCCUUCCACAGUGGGUAUGACUUUGGUUACCUGCUAAAGCUGUUGACAGACCAGAACUUGCCCUCAGAAGAGAGUGAAUUCUUUGAACUUCUGAGGCUCUACUUUCCUUCAAUUUAUGAUGUAAAGUACCUGAUGAAGUCCUGCAAAAAUCUGAAAGGUGGCUUGCAGGAGGUGGCGGAACAGCUGGAGCUGGAGCGUGUCGGGCCCCAGCAUCAGGCUGGCUCAGACUCCCUCCUCACAGGUGCUGCAUUCUUCAAGAUGAAGGAGAUGUUCUUUGAGGACAAAAUUGAUGAUGCCAAGUACUGUGGUCACCUCUAUGGUCUGGGGACAUCCUUUGUUGUCAAUGGAAACUCCUCAGCCUCGUACACAGACAACGGCCACACUUCAGACUCCACCUCCAACUCAUAGUGCAGCAGGGAAAACAAGUCAAGCCCCGCCCAACCUUGUACAGACCCUCCGUGGCCCGUGGAGACUUAGCCGGCCGUGUUGGCUCCCGAUUCCCUUGAAGACCCAGCAGGGGUGUGGCACAAGGUUAUUGUGUUUCUGAUCCACACUCAUGGAGGCUGGUGUCCCAGUCCUUGUGUGUCCUACCAAUAAUUUUAUUAUUUCUGUGUUUUAAAAAUGGGUGGAAGUGCCAUCCUCACUUUUCUUCCUCUCUCUUCUGUCAUUAAUCACUGUCUAUCUCUCUCUCUCAUGCUUUCUUUUUGUUUUUCCUUAGUCUAUCAGUUUUCCUAAUGUAUUGAGUGAAAGGUGAAUUUAGGAUGUGGAAGUAUGGAUGUCUUACUGGUGAGGUCCUAAGGGGAAAGUCCCCUCUGGUGUGUUUUAACUGGAAAUUAUGCAUUUUCCAACAGCCUGUUGGAGUGGUCAGAGAAUCCCAGAGAUGAAAGAAAAUUCAGAAUGAUGUUUAUCAUCUUUUUCCCUCAUUUGUUGACAACAAAUCUUUAAUGCAAAUUACUAAUCUCAAGAUGAACAGAGCUCCUUAUGAGGAAAUUGAAUAUUUUUGUUUUUAUAUGAUUUCCACUUCCAUAAAUUUUAAAACAAUUUUUGUUCUAUGUACAAGAGUAUGAGGGAGUUUUAUAUUAAAGGCUGUACAUUUCAGUAUUCUCAUUUAGGCCUGAGUUCAGCCUGAGGCAGUACAACUUCAUGUCCUGUGAGGGAACAUCACAUCUUUGGAUCAAUGGCCACAGACGCUAGGGCUAAACACUCUCCCUGGUGGGCUGAACUGGAAGUUGAUUGUCAGGGAGGAAGAACUAAUGUAGUUGAAGGGAAAGAGACAUCAUUGGUUUUAUGAAAAUUAAAGAAGAAAAGUGCACAAAAACACUCUUAUUUUUUAUAAUCAGUUUGUAUCUUGAAACUGUGAUAACAAUUAUACUUUUAUUGAAGAUUAUUCAUAUCAAAGAAAAGAUGAAUAAAAUUUCCACUGCUUUAACCAUUCUUUGCUUAUAGAGUUAUCUCCUUCAGGCCAUUCACAGCUAAGAGAAUUUUCAUCAACCCUUCAGCAACAUUACUGAGCAGCCAGGGAGUGUGAGGGAGAGGUGCAGCACCUUGUGAUGUGUGUCCUAAACCAGGUGUUUGAUACCUGCAGUAUGCUUGGGUAUGGUUUCAGCUAAUUCAUGAAAUAUGUUUUGUGGGACCACUCAUUACAGAUAUAUGAUUUUCAUCAUAACACUAGAGGCAAACUGUUAACACUUGUAACAACCACCAAAGACAAGUAAGUUAAAAUCAUACUUUCAGUAAAUACAAUAUCAAUAAGAAUUUUCAUUAAGAUCAUUGAGUCUUCAAAAUUUUGAAGUAUUGAUUAUUAUGAAACAUCAUUUUACUCAUUUUACUAUAGUAGGUGGAACACACACACACACACACACACACACACACCUCCAACUCCAGUGGCUAACUGUUUUUUGUACUAAAUAACAUGUUCAGUGAAGUCUUAUUGAAUUUCAAAACAUUUGGAGCCUUAAAUAAGAAACUUAAUUUUUCACUCCAGCUGCUUUCUUUAAUUUUUCAUGUUUCAACCUACAUUAAUGUUUGCUCAGGAGAAGUUUAAUUUAGUUUUUCUGCAUCAAUAAGCCAACAUUUUAUUAAGGCCUCAACCACUUCACCAGUGAUUUCUUCUGUACUUCCAGCUAGAUGAGGAAAAUUAUGCUUGCUGCAAAAUGAGCCUUGGAAUGAAGCUCCCUCUUAUUAUACUGCUGGAAUCAGUACUUUAGAGUUAUUCAGAUAUCCUUUAAUAACUUCAAGCUUUAAGGAAUAUUUUUUCCAAAAACUUGACCUUGUUUUUGAACUAAUUCAUUUUUAUUUAUUUAUUUAUUUAUUUAUUAUUAUUAUUAUUAUUAUUAUUAUUAUUAUUAUUAUUAUUAUUAUUAUUAUUAUUAUUAUUAUUUAUCAUUAUUUUCUUUUAUGGGAGCUCAAAGACCAGAAGAGUGACACUGCCCAUUGUUACAAGUGGAGAUAUGAAUAUGAAUGUAUUACCAUGUCAGUUACAGUCUGUAUGUCUGUAUGUAUGUGAAGCCUCCAGCCUAGAGGGAUGAUGCAGUAAGUUCUUGUAUUGUGACUUGAGGACUGUGCACCAGGAGGAUCUUAUUGUCUGCUGUUAUGUCACUACUUCUUUUCCUCUCCACCUCUUUGAGAGUUGCUAAGGCAAUGACCAUUGCAAUUUUUCAGUCAUACAUUUUUUCCCCACCCUCUUCAGAGAUGUCACAUGAAGCGCCUGAGGAAUGAAAUUUAGUUUAGUCAUGUUAUGGACUUUCCUUGAUUUGUAGACAGACUUAAUGAGUUCAUUUAAUAACAUACUUUACUUAGCACAAGUGGACUCUGUUCUCGGGAGCAUGAUAAGGUUUUGUUACAAACGUGUGAGUCUCCUCAGCAGUACAAGUGAAGGUAUAAAGUUAGAAAUAUCAUCAAUGCAUUACUUCUCAACAGCAGUAAGAGUAGAGCAACACAACCACACCAGCCAGAAUCACAAUUAUGAUGGACAUCAGGCAUGAGAUGUGUCUAGUGGUACAAACAUUGGUGACAGAACCACCGGACAAUAGAAAAAAUGUGACACAUCUCUGCUCCAACUCUGAUGUUUGGAAUAAUCAUGAUGCUGUCUGCUCGUGUCCCCGAGGAUUCAUUUGAUAUGUAGCUUACUGCCUUGAUUGACUGUAAAAUGUGUUCUUUUGUAACUAGAUGCAGCUGUAGGGGCAGUGUCUCCUUAAAGCUGCAAUAUUUUGGAUGAACUGACAUUUCUACUUCAUAUAUAACCAACCUCUUGCUAAUUGGAAUUGGCAGUGUACAAAUAAGCUUUGGAUUACAAGUGUAUAUAAGGACUUUCCUGGCUGAAUAGGAUUAUUCAUCCAGACCAGACCAUAGAUCACUUGAAAGUAAUUUAAUCUUAUGGUGGAUUGCAGAAUACAGUGAAGAGAGUUGUGAUGGAUGUGACAGGAAAAAAAAGUGUGAUGAACUUUAUGGAACAGCACAAUGUAAAUGAACUUUGUGAUGUGGACACUCUUGAAGUUAUAGUUUUGUAUUCUUCAGAAACUCCAGAUAAAUGUGAAGAUAAGUUAAACAGAAGCAAAAUAAAUAGAGAGAGAGAGAGAGAGAGAGAGAGAGAGAGAAGUGAAGAAACAGCUUUGAUUGGGAGCUAAAUGAAGACUGUUGAACAGAGAUGAGGAAGAAUUAACAUGUUUGCAAGCUGCAAGAUUGAAGUCAGUGGAUGUGCCUCAAGUGUGAUGCUAAGAAUACUUACACAUCACUGCUUGAGGGAGAUGUCUUGCUGUCCAGUGAUGCUGCAGUAACAUCUACAUCUCCACAGCAGUAAUCAUCAAAUGAUUCUAAUAUAUUAUGAAGUAAUGUUCAUGUUGACUAGUCAAGAAAACAAAUUGCUGCAAAAUUUUUAGGAACAAGAUUUGGAAGAUCGAAUAUUCAAACCUGUAAAUUGUUCAAGUUCCAGUAUUUCAUUUUUGAACUUGUCAGCAUGGUUUAGACUUAAGUAAGCAGAAUUGUGAAUAAACAACUGAUAACUCAUUGAUUUAGUGUAGGUCUACAAUAGAUAGUUUUUUUUUUUUUUUUUUUUUUUUUUUUUUUUUUUUUUUUUUUUUUUUUUUUUUGCAUAAUGUCAGCCUUUAGGCCACAUGUUUCAGUGAUGUGAAUUAUCACAAUAACUAACUUUGGUCAUCAAAAGAUAUACUAAAAAGACAGUGAUAAUGAAAUGAUCAAUUAAUCAACCACCAAACUAAUGGUUAGACACAAGCAGGCCUCAGAAAGUAACUUGACUCCUGCUUCAACUCAAGAUACAACCUUACAUGCCUGAUUGGCAAGCAUAUUACACUUUCAGCAGCUUGAAAAAUAAUCGAAUGAGACUUUUCAUUUCAUGUGAAUGAAACAAUUGGAUGUACCAAAGGAAGACUGUGAUAGCACUUUUCCAUGUAUGUGUUUUACUAGUAAUUGUUGUGUUUUGGUGGCAAAGAGAUUGUUGUCAUACUUGUUACAGACCUACAACUCAUGUGAUUAUAUGUGAGGUGUUUGGUCUGUCAGCAGAUGUGAUUGCAUGUGUGUGUGUGAAGCACUGUGCUGUCCACCACCUGCAGGUGAGGAACUUCAGAAAACAAUGUAAUCAAUGUUGAACCAAUGCCUUUUAUUUGUGACACGUAAAAUACAGCAAGCUGUUGUUUGGUGCUGCUGCUUUGCUUCCCAUUCAUUCAAGUUUUCUUUUCAAUUAUCUAAACUAGCAUUUUCAUUUAAAGAAUAUUUGAGGAUGUUUCAGUUGCAGUCUGCUUGGGGAAGAAAGCUUUAUACGUGGUAUGCAAAGAUGCAUCUUUACAAGGAAGUGUUAAAUAUUUGUAAUGUUACCAAUUUUCUGCAAUAAAGUAUUAGGUUUUAAUCAUGAUGCAAUGAUGAAGUUUUUUUUUUUUUUUCUUUUUUUUUCAAAUUUUAGUACAACAUAGGAUGAAAAUAAUAAUUAAAAAAAAAACAUUCAGAUACUGUUGUGGAAGAGACAACAUCAAUACAUCUUGUUUUGUGAACUCUGCAGUGAGUAACAUGACCAUCAUAUACUGCAUUAUGUACUCAUUGUAUUCAUUGUCAACAUUUCCUUGCACAAGUGUACAAAAAAGAUCAGCACUGUAAUGUCAUGUACUCAUCAUAUUGCCCUGUCAUGAAGGUUGCCAGGAUGAAGCACACAGCCUGUGUGGUCAGCCACAUCCGUCUAGUCAGGUUUUUUAAGUGCAAGACUAAGGCUACAAGUGUCUACAGACUGAAUGUCUUUACUUUUACUCUUUUUAGUACAUCUUUUGUUACAUUUUUUUUAAAUCAUUCCAUUUUACCUAGUAGUUGUAAUUUCUCAUCUGAUGGACUAUGAGAAAAAUGUGUGUUUUCAUGUAUAAAUUAACAGCAGAUUCCUGUUAUGCAUUACCUCCACUAAAUUGAUGUUAUCAUUUUUAUUGAUAUUUGAUGUACAUAAUUUUAAUUGUAUUUUAGCAGCUUGCAAACUUGGUAAUCAUGAAGUGAUGGCAAUGGAAAGAAUAGAUAUUGUUUUGUAACAAAGAUA